AUGGACAUCGUUCUUAUUCCCGAGGGGCAGCUGCCUGCUUGUGUGAAGGAUUGUGGUGUUCUAUACGAUGUCAACGGAGGCUGCGUACCACCAGGAGCGCCCCCAGCCGACAACAGCGUCUACAAUAGCUGCUUCUGCAACGACCCUAGGUUGGCGGCCUGGAAGACGGGCACUACAGGAGUAUGCCCCGAUGCGUGUGCAUCUGACCCGUCUGCCUACUCAAGAAUCCAACAGUGGUUUUCGGGCUUUUGCUCCAAUGUACAACCCACCACUGCCGGGCAACAAACGACGUCCACAUCGACAGUGCGGCCCGCGCAGAACUCUACUGGCGGCACCUGGAUCGAGACACAUUACCAAUGGGUAAUUUUCUUGGUGAUCAUGGUGGUGGCGAUAGUCGGUAUCUGGGUUGGCGCCUGCAUCUGGAGGAAACGAUACCUGCGUAAGAAGGACCGCCAGUACGCCUUGGGUGCCAACCUCGCGCAUGCCACCGAGUCAGGGAGAGUCGUGCCAAACGAAAGCAACUCUGGGUCAAUUCACCGUCCAUCAGCCGGCAUUUUCGAACCAGCGCCCCUCAGCGCUGCCCGGGUUUACGAGGAGAAGCCGAAAGAGAAGAAGAGGUGGAUUGUCAAGGAGAGGACGUGA